AUGUUCAGCCCGGACGGGGGGCUGCCGGCCGCCCCCUUUGGCCUUCUGACGGACGCCGGACCUCCCUUCCCCCGUGGCACCUUCGACGGGGCGCCCGCUCAGCCGCUCUUCUUCCCCUUCGCCGCCACCGCCGAGCCCGAGCCAGCCCGCGACCCGCCGCCGGCCCGCGCCUGGCUGCCCCCGCCCGCCCCCGCGCCGCCCGCCAAGGUGGAGGCGCGCCCGGGCCGGCCCUGCAGCCAGCCCGAGCCCGAGCCCCGCGCCGCCGCUUGCUGCGGCCCGGCCUGGCCGCCCCCGCCUUGGGCCGGCCCGGCGCCCUCCGGCCCCGCCGCCCUGCCCGGGCCGCCCUUCCCUGGCCCGGCUGCCCCUGCCUUCCCUGGCCCCCAGCUCUGCCCCGCCGCGCUGCAGCCGGGCUCCGGCGGCCCGUCGGGGCUGGGCAGCAGCGGCAGCUCCAGCGGCGCCGCCAGCGAAGGCGGACACUCCAGCGACAGCGGUGAGGAGGACGCGCCAACCUCAGGAGAGCUGGAGCAGUUCGCCAAGGACCUCAAGCACAAGCGCAUCAUGCUGGGCUUCACCCAGGCUGACGUGGGGCUGGCGCUGGGCACCCUCUACGGGAAGAUGUUCAGCCAGACAACCAUCUGCCGCUUUGAAGCGCUCCAGCUCAGCUUCAAGAACAUGUGCAAGCUAAAGCCGCUGCUGCAGCGCUGGCUCAAUGAGGCGGAGAACACGGACAACAUGCAAGAGAUGUGCAAUGCAGAGCAAGUACUAGCCCAAGCCCGGAAGAGGAAACGCAGGACCAGUAUCGAGACCAACGUGAAAGGGACACUGGAGAGCUUCUUCCGCAAGUGUGUGAAGCCCAGUCCCCAGGAGAUCUCCCAGAUCGCUGAGGACCUCAACCUGGAUAAAGAUGUGGUCCGGGUCUGGUUCUGCAACCGGCGUCAGAAAGGCAAACGGCUGCUGCUGCCCUACGGCAACGAGGCAGAGGGGAUGAUGUAUGACAUGAACCAGCCCCUGGUGCCCUCCACUCUGCCCAUCCCAGUGACGUCCCAGGGCUACAGCCUGGCACCCUCCCCUCCUGUCUACAUGCCAACCUUCCACAAAGCUGAGAUGUUCCCUCAAGCGCUGCAGCCUGGGCUCUCCAUGAGUAACAGCGGCCACUGAACCAGGGGCUGUGGGCUCACUGCAGGUGGGCUGGUGCUCUGAGGCAGCCCCCCUUGCCUUUGGCUCACACAGGCAUAGCCCUGCUUCUGCUUGCUGGGCUGAUGUGUGCGGCUUUUGGGGUGCGAGGGGCUGAGAGCCUGACCCAGGGAUGGUGCCUGCUCUCUGCAGAUGCUCCCAGCCCUUCCCUGUUAUGUGAGCUCACUGGUCCCAUCAGCGUUGGCCCCCCCUCUGACCUCUCCUGGGGCCAGCUCCUCCUGCCCCACUGCACCCUCUGAAGCCACACGUGCCCAGGGCUCUUGAGCCCAUGCCUGGCCCCAGCCGAGCUGCUCUCCUGCGAGACGCAGAAAAAAGUAUUUUUUAGAUUUUGGGAAGGGUGGGGGGAGGUGGCGGUUUUAUUUUUUUUUUUUUUAAGUUUUUGGUUGUAGUUUUUAAAAAGCAAAAAAUUUUGUAGUGAUCUAGUUUCCCAGGUGUCUCCUUUCGCCCUGUCAUGUAGAGAAGGGCUGGGGUGCCAUGCCCAGGGCCCAUGGCUCUGGUGGCUCUGCUCACCCUCCUGGGCGGUCAGGAUGAGCCAAGGGCUGGGGCAAGGGGAGAAGGUGAGCCCCCCACCACCCCUCACCCUGUGGCACAAGAGAGCUUCACUGCUCUGUGGGGCAGCUGAUACUGCUUGUUUGGGAUGGGGGGUCCUCCCGAGUGCUUUGUGCCCAACAUCACCUCCAGGCCCCCCUGCUCUCCAGCUGCUGUCCCCCACCCCAGCUGCCCAGACACCACCUUUCCCUGGAGGGCCCAGCCCUGGGGACCUACUCCACCCUGUCCAUGCUGCUAGCAUCCCUCACCUUCCAGCCUUCUGUAGUUAAUGAUGAUUUUUUAAAUUUUUUUGUUUUUAAUCACAUUCCCUCUGUCAGUGAAAUAAACCUCAGAGUUCUUUGAGGCCUUCCUCGCAUCCCUGUUCCUGCAGCCCAGCAGUUGAGGGUUGGCUGCAUGCAGGGGUGCAGCAGGGCUGGAGCAAGGCACCCUAAGAAGGUGGACAUGUCCCCAUCACCCCGUCAUGCCAGCAACAUUCCUCUCUUGGCUGCCUGCAGCUUGGCCUCCCCCCACGACUGGUGGCAGCUUCGCCCUGGAGUGGUAUCAGCUUGUCAGAGCUGUUGCCUCUCAAAGCGUAGGGGGUCAUCUUCCACCCAGUUCAAGCUGCUGGUUUCCUGUAACUGCUUCUGGGAAGGUUGGAAGCAGUGUGAGCUUACUUGUAGGCUGCUCCAGCAGCUGCCAGGGACAGAGAAGAACUAAGAAUGAGGUAGCAGGGUGGGCAGUGAAGAGGUCUGGAAAGCUAGGGCUGUCCUCAUUGUAGUAUGGUGCUGACAGGGGAGGGAUGAACGUUCCAAUAUGUUUGGUCCAGCUGAGGCAAUCUCUGGGGUGAUAACCCAGCCAUGCAGGUCCAUUGAGCACGGAGCUGAGCUGGUGGGAGCGGGGAUGUCUGGGGGAUGAUCCUGCACUUUUCCCCACCACACUCUCAGUUGGCUUGCCCCCAGUCCAUUCUCCCGAGGCCCCAUCCCCAACCAAGCCUGUAGGGAAAUUUUUUGAAAGCCCUGUUUUUUCAGCUUGUGGGUGAUAGCUGGAGCUUUGCUCUCUAGGGCUGCCUGGAAUAGGGGCAACAAAGGCAGCUGCUCACAGGGCACCUUGGGACACUGCAAAGGGCUGGGCUGGGCUAGAUUCCACCCUUAUGGGACAGGGUCCCUCUGCAUCCCUACUUAUCCCCAGAGCCUCCUACUUGCCUGCCCACAGGGUAGGGGCACAGCUGUGUGUGGCAUCCAUUGGAAACUGCCCCUUGUUGCUGCUGCCCAGUGCUGCCUGGUGCUUGAGGGUGCAGAAAGCUGGCAGGGUUAGGAGCAGAAAUAUGAGCCUGAUGUCAUCUCCCAAAGGUUUGCUUCUCUCCACAUUUCCACUCUCUGGUUUUCUGCAUGCAGCCAUACAAGAGCUGCAGCCCACCAUGGGACCCCUACAUCCUGCUACCCUGGCACCCCCUGCCCAUGAGUACCCAGCAUCUGUCUGUGGGCACCCACAGCCCCUCCUGUUCCGCUUCUGGUUGACCCAGAAAACAGCGGAAAUCGGAAGCCACAGAAGUCAGCAGAGCAGUGUGCCCAUCCAGCUGCCACCUCACCCAGGCUGUGCCAGGGUAGGGAUAUCCUCUCUGCUGACUCUCAGUCCUGGGCACCCAGCAGCUUGCAGGGUGUAGAGAUGGGGUUUGGUGACUUCAGGGCCACAGGGAAGAAAACUGGAAAGGAAGCUUGUGACAAAUAGAAUUAUUUAUAUCAAGGGAGUUGACGGCACUGAGUAGAGGGGCAAAGAGCAAGGCACAGAUGGAGCAGUCAUGUCUUACCCCUUGUCCUGUCACUCAGCCCUGACAGCACCACUGAUCCCAGAUGGGUACUUCCUCUUGGGAUGCCCAUGGUGCAGGGUGCCCUCUUGCCCUCUGUGCUGGGUGUGGAGGGUGCCCAUGGUGCAGGAUUUCCCCAGUGCAAUGUGUGCAUAUGCAAGUUGCCCAUGGGACUGGCUUUGCUUCUGGGUUGUGGAAGCCACCAGAGGCUGUCAGCUCACUGGCUUCCUGUCACAGCAGGGAGGGAGUGACAAACAGUGUCCCUCUGCCUGCCUGGCAGCACUGAGAUUGCUCAGAGCAUCUGCUGUCCUGUGGCUUCUUACUGGCACAGUGGCACCCAUGGCUCAGGGGUGGGGGCAGGAAAUGGGUGUUGCCAGGGAGAGGGGGAGCAGAUGCUGUCCUUCCUCCCUGGCCAUGGGGUAAAUGGACCCCCCUGGGCUGAUGCCCACUCCUCCAGCCCAGCCACAAAUGUCACCACAGGGUCUCUGCUGCCAGGACUUUGGCACUGAGCAGGUGCUGGGGGGAAAUUGAGGAUCACAGGGGAAGGUUGGGGAGCUCUGAGCCACCCACCACCCCCCUGCCCUGCCCACACUACAGAUGCACAGCCUCAGAUACACUGACAUUUAUUUCCAAAGCACCACCUGGUCCUGC